UUGGGCAGUAGGGAGUUUCUGCUGGGGUCCGCAUUGGAAUCAGAGGAGACCGGACCCUACUGUAUAUGACUGGAGUCUAAAGGGAGAAAAAAGAAAACUUCCCUCGCCUCAAAGAGUCUACAUGUCUAAUAUUUAGACAUGUUCAGCUUUGUGGAUAUCCGGCUGGCGCUGUUGCUCAGCGCAACAGUGCUUUUAGCAAGAGGACAAGGCGAGGACGACCGCACAGGCAGCAGCUGCACGCUAGACGGUCAGGUCUACAAUGAUCGUGAUGUGUGGAAACCAGAGCCAUGCCAGAUUUGCGUCUGCGACAGUGGCACUGUCAUGUGCGACGAAGUCAUCUGCGAGGAUACGAGUGAUUGUGCGAACCCAGUGAUUCCCCCUGAUGAGUGCUGCCCUGUCUGCCCUGAUGAUGCAGAAUACCAAGAACCUUCAGUUGAGGGCCCCAGGGGUGUGCCUGGCGAGAAAGGUGACAGGGGCCCUCCUGGUCCUCCCGGCAAUGACGGAAUUCCUGGACAACCUGGACUUCCUGGACCUCCAGGCCCCCCUGGACCCCCUGGCCUUGGCGGAAACUUUUCUCCUCAGAUGUCUGGAGGUUAUGAUGAGAAAUCCGGUGGUGGUGGCAUGUCUGUUCCUGGCCCAAUGGGACCCAUGGGCCCCCGUGGUCCCCCUGGACCCCCUGGACUUUCUGGACCUCAAGGUUUUACUGGCCCUCCUGGUGAGCCUGGUGAGGCUGGUGCUUCUGGUCCAAUGGGUCCCCGUGGUCCAGCUGGUCCUCCUGGAAAGAACGGAGAAGAUGGUGAGUCUGGCAAACCUGGUCGCCCCGGUGAGCGUGGUCCUGCUGGCGCACAGGGUGCUCGUGGAUUCCCUGGAACUCCCGGACUUCCUGGUAUCAAGGGACACAGAGGUUUCAGUGGUCUAGAUGGAUCUAAGGGAGACACUGGCCCUGCUGGACCUAAGGGAGAGCCUGGUGCAGCUGGAGAGAACGGAACCCCUGGCGCUAUGGGUCCUCGUGGUCUUCCUGGUGAGAGAGGCCGUGCUGGUCCUCCUGGAGCUGCUGGUGCUCGUGGUAACGAUGGUGGUGCUGGAGCUGCUGGACCUCCUGGCCCAACUGGCCCUGCUGGUCCUCCCGGAUUCCCCGGUGGCCCCGGAAGCAAAGGAGAGGUUGGUGCUCAGGGAACUCGUGGACCUGAGGGACCCCAGGGUGCUCGUGGUGAGCCUGGUAGCCCUGGCCCUGCUGGUGCUGCUGGACCUGCUGGCAACAAUGGUGCUGAUGGUGCUCCCGGUCCUAAGGGUGCCCCUGGUGCUGCUGGUAUUGCUGGUGCUCCUGGCUUCCCUGGACCCCGUGGUCCUCCUGGACCCGCUGGAACUCCUGGUGCUGUUGGUCCCAAAGGUAACACUGGUGAGGCUGGUGCUCCUGGUUCCAAAGGAGAUGCUGGUGCCAAGGGAGAAACUGGUGCACCCGGAGUUCAAGGUCCCCCUGGCCCUGCUGGUGAGGAGGGUAAGAGAGGAGCCCGUGGUGAGCCCGGUCCUGCUGGUGUCCGUGGACCCGUUGGAGAGCGUGGUGCUCCUGGUGGUCGUGGUUUCCCUGGUGCUGAUGGAGCUGGAGGCCCCAAAGGUGCCCCUGGUGAGCGCGGAGGCCCUGGAGUUGUUGGAGCUAAGGGUGCCACUGGUGAGCCUGGCCGCAACGGCGAGCCUGGCAUGCCUGGAUCAAAGGGUAUGACUGGUAGCCCUGGCAGCCCUGGACCUGACGGAAAGAUGGGACCUGUUGGUCCUUCUGGACAAGAUGGCCGCCCCGGACCCCCAGGUCCUCUUGGAGCCAGAGGUCAGCCUGGUGUUAUGGGAUUCCCUGGACCUAAGGGUGCUGCUGGUGAGGCUGGCAAACCCGGUGAGAGAGGUGUGAUGGGUGCCAUUGGUGCCCCUGGUGCUGCUGGUAAAGAUGGUGAUGUUGGUGCCCCUGGUGCCCCUGGCCCUGCUGGUCCUGCUGGUGAGAGAGGUGAGCAGGGACCUGCUGGUCCACCUGGAUUCCAAGGUCUCCCUGGACCCCAGGGUGCUACUGGUGAGCCUGGAAAGUCCGGUGAGCAGGGAGUGCCUGGUGAAGCUGGUGCCCCUGGACCUAGUGGAGCUAGAGGUGAUAGAGGAUUCCCCGGUGAGCGUGGAGCCCCUGGUAUUGCUGGUCCUGCUGGCUCUCGUGGUUCUCCUGGUUCAGCUGGUAACGAUGGUGCCAAGGGAGAGGCUGGUGCUCCUGGUGCCCCUGGUGCUCAGGGUGCUCCUGGUCUUCAGGGUAUGCCCGGUGAGCGUGGUGCUUCUGGUCUUCCAGGCCUCAAGGGAGACAGAGGUGACCAAGGUGCUAAGGGUGGUGAUGGUGCCCCUGGUAAGGAUGGCAUCCGUGGUUUGACUGGACCUAUUGGACCUCCUGGACCAGCUGGCGCUCAGGGUGACAAGGGAGAGCCUGGUGCUGCUGGACCUCUUGGACCUACUGGUGCCCGUGGACCCCCUGGAGAGCGUGGUGAGACUGGUUUGCCUGGACCUGCCGGAUUUGCUGGACCACCUGGUGCUGAUGGUCAGCCUGGUGCCAAGGGAGAGCCUGGUGACAAUGGUGCUAAGGGUGAUGCUGGUGCUCCCGGACCUGCUGGCGCUACAGGUGCAGCUGGACCUCAGGGUCCUGUUGGUUCUACUGGUCCUAAAGGUGCCCGUGGUCCUGCUGGACCUCCUGGAGCUACUGGUUUCCCUGGUGCUGCUGGAAGACUUGGACCUCCUGGCCCUGCUGGUAACGCUGGACCACCUGGACCUCCUGGAGUCCCUGGAAAGGAAGGCGCAAAGGGUGUUCGUGGUGAGACCGGACCUGCUGGUCGCCCUGGUGAGAUUGGUGCUGCUGGUGCUCCUGGUGCACCUGGUGAGAAAGGAACUCCUGGAGCUGAGGGUCCCCCUGGUUCUUCUGGUAUCCCUGGACCUCAAGGUCUUGCUGGACAGCGUGGUAUUGUUGGUUUCCCUGGACAGAAAGGAGAGCGUGGUUUCCCUGGUCUUCCAGGACCAUCCGGAGAGCCUGGUAAACAGGGACCUGGUGGCCCCUCUGGUGAGCGUGGACCCCCUGGACCCAUGGGACCCCCAGGAUUAGCUGGACCUCCAGGCGAGCCUGGUCGUGAGGGAACUCCUGGUAAUGAGGGUUCUUCUGGCCGUGAUGGUGCUGCUGGGGCCAAGGGUGAACGUGGUGAGACUGGUGCUGCUGGUGCUCCUGGUGCUCCUGGACCCCCUGGAGCUCCUGGCCCUAUUGGCCCUGCUGGAAAGACUGGUGAUCGUGGAGAGUCUGGUCCCGCUGGUCCCGCCGGUCCUGCUGGUCCUUCUGGUGUCCGAGGCCCUGCUGGACCUGCUGGAGCCCGUGGAGACAAAGGUGAGACUGGUGAGGCUGGAGAAAGAGGCAUGAAGGGACACAGAGGAUUCACUGGAAUGCAGGGACCACCUGGACCUCCUGGACCUUCUGGAGAGCCUGGACCUGCUGGUGCUUCUGGCCCUGCUGGACCUAGAGGACCUGUUGGAUCUUCUGGAUCUUCUGGUAAAGAUGGCAUGAGUGGACUUCCUGGACCCAUUGGACCCCCUGGACCUCGUGGUCGCACUGGUGAAAUUGGACCAGCUGGACCUCCUGGACCUCCUGGACCUGCUGGACCUCCCGGACCUUCUGGCGGUGGAUUCGACAUUGGCUUCAUUGCUGCACCUCAGGAGAAAGCCCCUGAUCCUUACCGCUCAUACCGUGCCGAUGAUGCCAAUGUGAUGCGUGACCGUGACCUGGAAGUUGACACCACCCUUAAGUCCCUCAGCCAGCAGAUCGAGAACAUCCGCAGCCCCGACGGCACCAAGAAGAACCCUGCCCGCACCUGCCGCGACCUGAAGAUGUGCCACCCUGACUGGAAGAGCGGUGAGUACUGGAUUGACCCUGACCAGGGCUGCAACCAGGAUGCCAUCAAGGUCUACUGCAACAUGGAGACUGGUGAGACCUGUGUCUCCCCAUCACAGGCUGACAUUCCCAAGAAGAGCUGGUACACAAGCAAGAACAUCAAGGAUAAGAAACAUGUCUGGUUCGGAGAGGCUAUGACUGAUGGCUUCCAGUUUGAGUAUGGCAGUGAGGGCUCCAAUGCUGAGGAUGUCAACAUUCAGCUUACCUUCCUGCGCCUUAUGUCCACCGAGGCCUCCCAGAACAUUACAUACCACUGCAAGAACAGCAUUGCCUACAUGGACCAGGCCACAGGCAACCUUAAGAAGGCUCUUCUGCUGCAGGGCUCUAAUGAGAUCGAGAUCAGAGCAGAAGGCAACAGCCGCUUCACAUACAGCGUCACUGAAGAUGGCUGCACGUCGCACACUGGUGCAUGGGGCAAGACAGUCAUCGACUACAAAACAACGAAAACAUCUCGGCUGCCCAUUAUUGACAUCGCUCCUAUGGACGUUGGUGCACCCGAUCAGGAAUUUGGCAUUGAAGUUGGCCCAGUCUGCUUCUUGUAAAAAAGAAAUCUGGACUUGAAAUUGUUUGUGUUGUGUGUGUGUUUUUUCUAGCAGUCAUCUCUCUAAAAAUCUUUUCUAUGCAUUAAAAAAAAAAAAACCCUAGACUUCGAUUUGGCUGUCCGAAUGGUCCACUUGCUUAGAACUACGCUUCAGAAGACAGUGGUUAUGUGUUAUCAAGCUUUUUUUGGGACCACUAUUUUACCACCACCAACACUGAGGACACUUUAGAAGACUCAUUUGUUUCACUGGCCACAAGAAAAUAAUAUAUACUUGUAAAGUGUAAAAUCCCCCUGGAAAAAGGAAAAAGAAAUCAAACAUCAAAGAUACAGAUGACUUUUUUACCACUGCGGAAGGACAAUGAAAAAGAGAAAACAAAUGCUUUGUACCAUGUUCAGGUGUUAAAUAAAUCUGUAAAAUGACAUUUAAGUGUCUUUGUGUUCUACCCAUCAGAACAAAUGAUCAACACCAUCAUUGUUUGCAGACUGAACAGAACUAAAUACGAGACAGGGGUUUUUGAUAUCUUAUGCCUACCUCAGAGAAGAAACCUAUUUUAUUACCCAGUGUUGACCAACACCAGGUUAGGAUUUUACACAGAAGUAUGUUUAAGAAAGCAAGAAACAGCGUGAAAAAGGUGCUAUUUCAUGAGGUCCUGUCAGCGGGAUGUGUUCAAGCAGUUUCUAAAGUAAUGUAUUAUUUCACUCUUGCUCACAGGAUCUUUGGUGCUAAAAUCAUAUUCUCUUGCUGUCCAGUUAUAACACAUGCCUCGCUUGCUAAAGGACUUUGCUUCAGUUUCUGUAGCAGAACCUUUGUUAGGCGAAGGUCAUCAAGCUUUGAUGCACAUCGUCUUUUCAAGUGUAGAAAUAAGCAGGUGGAGUCAUAAUUUUCCAACGCCCUUUGACACUUUUUGGUUGUUGUCUUGAUUUCUUUACAAAACAUCCCCAUGUUGUCCGGUGAAUACUUUAAGUGCUUCCAUUCUACCACUUCUGUAUCAGGAUUUUUUUUUUUUUUUUUUGGUUUUCAGUUUAAAAUUUUUUUUUUGUUUGUUGUUUUAACUAGGGAUUUUCAAAGAAGGCAAGAGAAUUUAGGGAUCCCCAAAACUAGUGAGAGAAGCAUACACACAAUAGGGGGUUAAAACAAGAUGAUCUGUACCUAUUUUGUAUAUGUAUAAUAAUUUGAGAUGUUUUUAAUUAUUUUGAGUGCUGAAAUAAAGCAUGUUAAGUGGUCGAUCUAA